AUAAAUUGUGGGUAGGUAGACUGAAGCUAGCUUCGGGUGGCCUGAGUGCAGUUCUUCAAUUCAGGCUAGAACCUAUAAAAGCAGUGAAGAGCAUUGGGGUUCGAGUCAAACUCUUCCUCGUUAUCAAAGCGUAUAGAAGUCAGCUUGGAUUACCACUUUUCGACCGGUAUUUGAGAUCAAGUGAACCAACAUCAAUUGGAAGGAAACGAAAUCUGCAUUAUUGUGAUACUAUUUGAUAAAAAUUUCAUUACAUAAACCUCGAGAAGAAAAUCUCAGAAUGAAACUCCAACUAGUACUAUUCGCAACACUAGUUGCACUAGUUCACACAUCACCCCUGCCUCAGACUCUCGAAGGCAUAAAACCCGUUGAAGUGCCUGCAGAACCAGCAGUCGAGAUAGUGCCCGCUCCAGAAGAACCAGUUGCGAAUACAAACAUCAGUACCCCAGGUGCCACGGAAUCUACUAUCGACUUACAAACAGAAGCACCGACUACUACGGAAUUGUCCGCUGAUCCCGUUCCAGCCGAGCGGUUCGAAACUGCAGAAGAUGAAGCCAAUAAAGUAGAGGAAGUUCGAGAUGUACAAGCUAGAGCAGCGAGCGAUGUAGUUGCCGCGGUACCGGUUAAUGAGGCAGAGACUGCCCAAGUUAACUCCGACAACAAGGAUGAUGCUGUUAAAAUUGCGGAUGCGGUAGAGCCCGCAGCUGUUGCUUCGGAUGAGAUCGCUCGUCCCAUUCGCACUAGCGACGAACAGGAAGAAACUAAAGAAACUGACGAGACUCAAGAAGCCGUCUCUGUAACCACUCUGGCUACUACUGUAGAAGAGAAUGCAGUUGAAGCAAAGACAGUUGCAACCGACGAAACAUCCGCAGAGGUUGCUAAGCCCACAACCGAAGCAGUUGGAGUUUCAACUGCUGGACCUGCCAUAGCUUCCACUACCGCUUCUGCAGAAAUGAAAACUGAAAUUACUACCGCAGCCGUUGUACCUGCCGUCGAAUCUGCCGCCGUUGAACCCGCAGCUGUUGCACCUGCCGCCGUUGUACCCGCUUCCGCUGUAUCCGCCUCCGUUGUACCCGCAGUGGUACCUGCCGCGACCACUAAACCGAAGGAAGAUAGCUCAGAGGAAAGUAAAGAGAGCCAAGAAUCAGACGAAGACAAAUCAUAAACGCUGCACUAUUUAUGAUCUUCAGAAUGCGAGUUAUUGUGCCAAUUACACUUACUUCCUUAUUCAAACCUUACUCUUUCUGUCCCCCACCAGAAACAAUAAAUUUUCAAAAUCACAAAACUGUCAAUGAACACAUACCAAGUAUAGUGUAUUGUUAAACUGAUACAAAUUGCUGCACAUCUAAAAUCUGUUAUGAUAGAACUCACGGAGAAACAUCUUUUGUUACGUCUAGGAUGGGUUAAAUAACUAAAAAUUCGUUAUAUAUUUGAUAAAACACUAAUAAAUAAUGAAACUAAGAACAAUUGGAAGGAACCAAAACAAUUCACGCAUUGAGCUAAGACAACAUUUUGGUAUAGGUUCUAGUAGCAUAAACGUACGGUACCUUCCCUAUUUGAUAUAUACCGAAUUAGUCUAGUGAGAUGCAACAAACUUAACAGGUGUUUAAAAUGCAAACUUAGACGUUUGAAGGCUUGUGAGUCGGAAACACUAAGGUCGGAUAAGAGGGGAGAAACUGUAGUGAAUCGCAAUAUGUAAGAAACCAGUGCUUGCCUUUCUUCCAAGUCAUCGAAUUCAAACCCCUAAUAGCGAACUUCUGUGUAGACUGAAAAUUAUACAUAAAAGUACAUGACAAAUGUAAAAGUGAAGUGUAAUAAAGUAAAAUAUAUCUUAAGUUAUUUA